CUUUCAUUCCCUUCUGCGUAGCGACGCUAGAGUGUGUUCCGGAGCUAGCCUCGGCACACAUUUUAUUAUCAAAAAAACAAAAAACUAAAAAAAUAAACACAGGGAAGAAUAUUUUUGUAAGAAAAAAACUCGGUGAGGCAGGAUUAACAAGUAACCCGUCGAAAUUAGGACGAGAAACCGAAAAGAAGGCAAUUUUAGUUCCCUUGAUAGCAUCAUUGUUGAAGGCGUGGGUGAUUUUCAGCUAGCUGGCUAGCAACCUUGAUAGCUAACUGCUAAUACGUUUUUGAGGACUUUUAUAUUUCGUCGUUUUUGUCUAUCGCAUCUGUUAUUGUAACGUUAACAAAACUACUCCUACCUUAAGAUAUUGUAAGUAGUUGUUACCAACGUUUUCCGACAUUUUUCCACCCAGAAGGUAAGGGUAGCUUGGUAGUCGCUAGGUAGCCGAAUUAAUUAGCCAGCCGCAUUGCUUUUUUGGCCUUCUUGCGAGGUAACGUUUACCGAAAACCCUUUUCCCCCUCAAAUAACGAGUACACGCUGCGAGUGGGGUAUUUGACAAUUUCGCACGCAUUUGUCUUACAGCGUAAGGUUUUCAUCCGGAAUAUAUUUUAAAUCGUCUGUGAUCACGCGCCAGCAAACAUGAAUCCGAGCGCGCCCAGUUACCCGAUGGCUUCCCUGUAUGUCGGCGACCUGCACCAGGAUAUCACCGAGGCCAUGCUUUACGAGAAGUUCAGCCCCGCCGGGCCCAUCCUUUCGAUUCGAGUCUGCAGGGAUAUGAUCACUCGCCGAUCCCUCGGAUAUGCCUACGUUAACUUCCAACAGCCAGCCGAUGCUGAACGUGCACUGGACACCAUGAACUUCGACGUCAUCAAAGGGAGACCUCUUCGCAUCAUGUGGUCUCAGCGUGACCCAUCCCUGAGGAAGAGUGGGGUGGGCAACAUCUUUAUCAAGAACUUGGACAAGUCCAUCGACAACAAGGCCCUCUAUGACACCUUUUCAGCCUUUGGAAACAUUCUGUCCUGCAAGGUGGUUUGUGAUGAGAAUGGGUCUAAGGGCUAUGGCUUUGUACACUUUGAGACCCAGGAGGCUGCUGAAAGAGCCAUUGAGAAAAUGAACGGCAUGUUACUCAAUGACAGAAAAGUAUUUGUCGGCCGCUUCAAAUCCCGCAAAGAGCGCGAGGCUGAGCUCGGCGCACGGGCAAGAGAGUUCACCAACGUGUACAUCAAGAACUUUGGAGAGGACAUGGACGACGAGAAGCUGCGUGAGCUGUUUGGGAAAUAUGUUCCAGGACCGGCUCUGAGCAUCCGGGUGAUGACCGACGACAGCGGCAAGUCCAGGGGAUUUGGCUUUGUCAGUUUUGAGAGGCACGAGGACGCCCAAAGAGCGGUGGACGAGAUGAAUGGAAAGGAGUUUAACGGUCGCCAGGUGUACGUGGGCCGCGCCCAGAAGAAGGGCGAGCGCCAGACGGAGCUGAAACGCAAGUUUGAGCAGAUGAAACAGGACCGUAUGACACGCUACCAGGGUGUCAACCUGUACGUCAAGAACCUGGACGACGGCCUGGACGACGAGCGUCUGCGUAAGGAGUUCUCGCCCUUCGGAACCAUCACCAGCGCCAAGGUCAUGAUGGAGGGCGGCCGCAGCAAGGGCUUCGGCUUUGUGUGCUUCUCCUCCCCCGAGGAGGCCACAAAGGCCGUGACGGAGAUGAACGGCCGCAUCGUGGCCACCAAGCCGCUGUACGUGGCGCUGGCCCAGAGAAAGGAGGAGCGCCAGGCCCACCUCACCAACCAGUACAUGCAGAGGAUGGCCACCGUCAGGGCCGUGCCCAACCCAGUCCUCAACCCCUACCAGCCUGCCCCUCCCUCCGGGUACUUCAUGGCCGCCAUUCCCCAGGCUCAGAACCGCGCCGCCUACUACUCCACCAACCAGCUGGCUCAGCUGAGGCCCGGCCCCCGUUGGGCCACCCAGGGCGUCAGGCCACAACACUUCCAGAACAUGCCCAACGCCAUGCGUCCGUCCGCCCCCAGACCCCAGACUUUCGGGCCCAUGAGGCCCUCGUCCUCCCAGGUGCCGCGCAUGAUGACUGGCCAGAGAAUGGCCACCCAGGCCUUGAGCCAACGUCCCGCCGGCGCCACUGCCGCCGCCUCCCCGGUGAGGAUGCCCCAGUACAAGUACGCUGCUGGCGUGAGGAACCCCCAGCAACACAUGGCCAGCCAGCCCCAGGUGCCCAUGCAGCAGCCGGCCGUCCAUGUCCAGGGACAGGAGCCGCUGACCGCCUCCAUGCUGGCUGCGGCUCCUCCUCAGGAGCAGAAGCAGAUGCUGGGUGAGCGCUUGUUCCCCCUCAUCCAGAACAUGCACCCCAGCCUGGCCGGGAAGAUCACCGGCAUGCUCCUGGAGAUCGACAACUCGGAGCUUCUCCACAUGCUGGAGUCCCCGGAGUCUCUCCGCUCCAAGGUGGACGAGGCUGUGGCUGUGUUGCAGGCGCACCAGGCUAAGGAGGCCGCCCAAAAGCCCACCAAUACAGCUGGUGUCCCCAGCUGAGAACCGAGACGGGGAAUCUUGAAACUUGCUUCACCGAAGAAAAAUCUACAAAAAAUUAAACAUUGAAAAACAGAAAAAUCUGAAAACAUCGCAAAAUUAAUAAAGUAUUUCUUUACAAAAAUGAAUACACGAUCUGCCAGGUCUGGCAAAGAUGAAUCUAGACCUUGAUGAUAAAAGUUUAAAAAGCACCAAAAAAAUAGCAAAACUUUACAAUAAUUGAAAAUGUUUGAAAAAUGUGAACAUUCCAUUGUUUUAUUUCCUGUUACAGUGUCAGUGCUCAGAAUAUCAGCUGUUGUGUUCAGAGAAGAGAUAGCUGAGUAUUUUGAAAAGUAAUUUGGAUUGAAAACUGCUUGCUGUAAUAAAGAUAUCAAACACCUAAAA